AACAGGAAACGUGUCCUUUUCUAAAACACACCCGGGCGGAUGCUGGAAGUUUGGAAACGAUAAAAGUGCAUUGCUAAUAUAUAGUUUAAAAUCCAAAGGAAUUCACAAACGACAAGACUGCUGUCGCAGAAACAAAUUACUGUGCUAGCCAACAAGGUUAUUUUAUAUUUAUCUAUUUUCAAUUUAGUCUACGCCUAACGCUCUCUUUUGAUUCAUUGAGAAAACUGGGUCAGUGCGCCGUAGCUAGCUAGCUAGCUAGCAAGCCAGCUAAAAUAUUUUGCACUUUAUGCGUGUAUCUCACUUCCUACUGGAAAUUGCAGCAGCUUUGUUGUGACUGCACCCGCGACAUGUCGGACACAUGGAGCAAUAUCCAGGCACACAAGAAGCAGCUGGACUCCCUGCGGGUGCGGCUGCAGCGACGCCGCAAGGACCCCACGCAGCUAGGCAUAGAGGUGGGGGCUGUGGAGGGGGGGUCCACGCGCAGUGACAGUCCCGGCCCAGCCCUCCAGAGCACUCCCCAAGCAGAGCGCCCCCCUGACCCAGAACUGGAGAGGAGGCUUCUGGGAUACCUGUCAGAGCUGAGCCUCUCGCUCCCAACGGACUCGCUCACCAUCACCACCCAGCUGAGCACUCCUGAGGCUGCAGUCUCCCAUGUCUGCAUACAGAGUCUGCUGCUCAAGUUCUCCGCGCAGGAGCUGAUCGAGGUGCGGCAGCCCUCUGUCGCCACGCCCAGCUCUGCCCCGCCCUCCACGCUCGUCACCUCCGUCGACCACACAAAACUCUGGGCCAUGAUUGGGGGCGGCGCUCCGGCGCAGAGGAGUGGUGUCAAGAGGAAAGGGGAGGACCAAUCACAUCACAAAAGAGCUCCUGGCUCCUCCCCCUCCCUUCCUGCCCCCUCUUCACCCCCAGCACCCUCUUCCAUCUCUCUGGCUCCACCCUCCUCCCAGCUGCUUGGGCCCUCUGAUUGGAAGGUGGGAGGAGGGGGCGGGGCUGAUAAAAAGGGCCGGGCCAGUAAGAGCCAGACAUCCCACCUGGACAUGGAGAUCGAGAGCCUGCUCAACCAGCAGUCCACCAAGGAGCAGCAGAGCAAGAAGGUGAGCCGGGAGAUUCUGGAGCUGCUGAACACCAGCACGGCGAAGGAGCAGUCCAUCGUGGAGAAGUUCCGGUCCCGCGGCCGCGCCCAGGUCCAGGAGUUCUGCGACCACGGGACCAAGGAGGAGUGUGUGCGGUCCGGAGACACGCCCCAGCCCUGCACCAAACUGCACUUCCGGCGCAUCAUUAACAAGCACACAGAUGAGAGCCUAGGAGAUUGCUCCUUCCUCAACACCUGCUUCCACAUGGACAUGUGCAAGUACGUGCACUACGAGAUCGACUGCCCCCCUGACACGGAGGGGGGGCCCCUGGGGCCGCAGGUGGGCACCACCGAGCUGGGCCUGCAUGGGGCCCACACAGACAGCAACGUGGGAAAACUCUUCCCCUCGCAGUGGAUCUGCUGUGAUAUCCGCUACCUGGACGUGUCGAUCCUGGGGAAGUUUGCGGUGGUGAUGGCCGACCCACCCUGGGACAUCCACAUGGAGCUACCGUACGGGACCCUGACUGACGACGAAAUGAGGAAACUCAACAUCCCCAUCCUGCAGGACGAGGGCUUCCUGUUCCUCUGGGUCACUGGCCGGGCUAUGGAGCUGGGCAGGGAGUGUCUAAGCCUGUGGGGGUAUGAGCGUGUGGAUGAGAUUAUUUGGGUGAAGACGAAUCAGCUCCAGAGAAUAAUCCGCACUGGGAGGACUGGCCACUGGCUCAAUCACGGCAAGGAGCACUGCCUGGUGGGCGUGAAAGGAAGCCCCCAGGGCUUCAACAGAGGGCUGGACUGUGAUGUCAUUGUAGCAGAGGUGCGCUCCACCAGUCAUAAACCAGAUGAGAUCUACGGGAUGAUCGAGCGCCUCUCUCCAGGCACCAGGAAGAUCGAGCUCUUCGGCCGACCUCACAAUGUGCAGCCCAACUGGGUGACUCUGGGUAAUCAGCUGGAUGGUAUUCACCUGUUGGACCCAGAUGUAGUGGCUCGCUUUAGGAAGCGGUAUCCAGACGGAGUCAUCUCCAAGCCCAAAAACAUGUAGCCCCACCCCUUAGAUAUGGGCAGGGCGGGGCCAGGGGUGUGAUUGAUAUGUGUAUCUGUGAGUGGACUGGAUGAAAAUGUUUGUGGUUUUCUACACAGCUAUGAGCUUAUUUUUAAUAAAAGGUUGCCAUGCCAACAUAC